AUAUGAUCUGCUCAGUGCUGUUCUCCUCAGUCAUAUCGCCCUCAAGAGUGCGAACGACCUCAGCGCUGCUGCUCUGCAAGAAAACUUCGCGUUCUUGUUUGCCCUCAGCUCGACAGACGCUUCACACCUCCCUCCGCUCGUUGGACGAGAAGAGGCUGCAACUCUGUAAUUAACCUGAAACUAUCGAGCGGUUAGCAGCAAUGACUGGCGGAGCUCCGAAGAUGUUUAGCACCACAGCGUGAGACUGGCAAAGGCAAGCAAUCUGCCGCAAGUGGCCAGCUAUCGCAGUCAUACUGGAGGGAGUUUGGAUUGCAAUAUGAACUGCGGGGGAAAUGUCUGAAGAUAUUUUAUCUUGAAUUUUUUAAGUGUAAAGGGAAAUUGCACUAAACCAAAUCUGAUACGAAAAAUGAAAGGCUUAUUAAGCUUUUUGUUUAAAAAAUAACAUUAUAUACUUUCAGUUAGACUGUUCAUCGAACGCUCUUUUAAAAAUUUCCGUGAUUUAAGGGUCUGAAUGAACUGCAAUCAGAUAGCUGGAAAAUUAUUUCAGAAAGAAUUACCCGAGUAAAACAUUGGCAUUUGUUCAGAUUCUUGAGCUGUAGAUGGCUCUGAAGGUGUUAAAAGUGACAGUUAUUGACUGGAGACGGCAGAGCAGAUGUUGACGGGACCUGGUCUGAGGCUAUCCAAGGCGUUUCUUUUUAAAGAGGUGAAACCCCAGCACUGAGUUCUAUGAGGAGGCUUCCAAGACACUUGGCUGCAAGAUGUUACUUACAAGUCGGGCCAGUGAUUCCGGGGCCCUACAUCAGAUCUGCAGGCACGUUGUAGCACUAUAGAUCUGGAAAGGCUGUUUUUACUGUUCUUUUUCUUUGCUGCAUUUACAUCGAUAGCCAGAACUUGAUUUUUAAGGAGCCGAGGAUAUCCCGGAGAUUCUCCCAAGUGAGCUCCGAGUCACUGCUGCAGCUGCUUUUAGGAGACAUCACCCGCAGGUUACUAUGCAAUUUCGACUGAUUUCUGUGGUUCUAAUUUUAUUAAACUGUAUGGAAUACAUUGGCAGCCAAAACGCCUCAAGAGGAAGGCGGCACAGACGAACCAAUGCAAGUGUGAGCCAAGGUUGCCCCAAAGGGUGUGAUCGAUGUUCUGAAUAUAAUGGAUGCAUGUCAUGUAAACCUAGACUCUUCUUCUUUCUGGAGAGAAAUGGCAUGAAACAGACUGGUGUCUGUCUCUCCUCCUGUCCGAGUGGAUAUUAUGGAGUCCGAACACCAGAAAUGAACAAAUGUACAAGAUGCAGAGCUGACAACUGUGACACCUGUUUCAACAAAAAUUUCUGUACAAAAUGCAAACAAGGAUUCUAUUUGCAUAAAGGAAGAUGUUUUGAUAUCUGUCCUGAAGGGUUUACCCCAAAUAAUCAAACAAUGGAGUGCACUACUCCUGUGCACUGUGAAGUAAGUGAGUGGACUGCAUGGGGUCCCUGCACAAAACAAGGGAAGACAUGUGGUUUCCGGAGAGGCAAUGAGUCAAGGAAGCGAGAUAUUGUGCAGUUUCCUUCAGCGCAAGGUAAUGCCUGUCCAAAAAUCACAGAGACAAGAAAAUGUAUUGUGCAGAGAAAACGAUGCCCAGCAGGAGAAAAAGGAAAUAAGGGCAACGACAAGAAAAAUAAAUCAAGAAAAGAAGGCAACAAAGAGGCAAUGCAAGGAAAACAAACUAAAAAUAACAAGAGGGGCAAAGAUAAUAAAAACACCAGAGAAGAACGUGUAAGGAAAGAAAAAUCUGGAAACAAGAAACGAAGAGGGCAGAAUAAGAAACUGAUAUCCACAACAGUGAGCACUGUUCACUAAAAGCCUCACUUGGUUGCUGAGAUUUCUGAUGCUGCUAUGUAUUAACAAGCUAACCUAUAGAGGUGCACUGUAUAAUGGAUCCAGUGCUGGGUUCCUACUUCUAAUUCUUACUCCUGACCUUCACAGAGACUGCUAAUCAUUUCAAGGACUACAGUUGAAGCCGAAAGUGUAGAUAUGCCUACGUUUAUUCAACAUUAGACAUAAUUAAUCCCUGCCCAACCAUGUUAAAUUAGAACUCCAGGUGGUUAGGACAAGUAUCAUAAUUAGCCCUCUAAGGGUUAAAAAAGAGCCAAAUAUACUGCGAAAACUGAUUCCAUUUUAAGGGAAGGAUGUCUUCAGCCACAGUGCUGGAGAUUCCUCAUCAAAUGUGAUGUGCAUUUGUGCAUGUUCUGGUUUCUGUAUAAAUUGACAAUAGGAUCUUUUUUUUCUUUUUUUUCUCAUAAUUAUUAACAGAUUGCUGCCUUGUAAUAUAGAGGAAUGUAAUAAAUGUCAUUUGAAGCCCGGAGAACCAACUGUUAACACUCUUUUUAAAGUAUUGUUUUUAAGUUUCUGUUUAUGACUUCUGUAAGAAACAGUGCACACACUUGAGCUAGUGUCAUUGUUGUCAACAGAUGCCACUAAACUGCUUAAAAGCACCUGUAUUUCAAAUAAAAAAAUAUAUUUC